UUAAGUACCUCCUUUUUUGGGACAAUAACUUCAGUAUAUUUAAUGACACUAUGACACUUUUUACCUUAAUACUAUGGCUAUUUUCAGAAUUACAAACAAAUUUUAGCAUUUUGAGUACAACAGAGAUCUAUAUGACAUUUUAAUUGUAAUUUUAAACAUUUAAGCUGUGUACACUAAUAAUUAGCAGCAAAACUGCAGCAGUUUAACAUCUCUGACGCAGGAGAACAAAAACCAGCAUAGGUACCCUGGAUGUUUUUGGAUAAUCCAUUGGAGAAUACUUCAAAACGUGGAUUCUGGGUAAACGUUCAGCUCAUAUUACCAUAUGAGCAUAUGAAAGGUCUUCUGUACUUUGCCUUAAACUGAAAAUAUUCACAGUAUGAAGGGAACAUUUUGCACAAUUCUGAAUCUAAGGGGGUCAGAUUUGAUUAUUUAUGUUGCCUGAUCCUUCUGAUGUUGUUCUCAGUAAGUUUAUAGAUCCAUUUACUGCUGAGACAGGUGUGAAUAAAUGUUCUCAGGUGUCUUUAAUCUAUUUGAAGGAGCUUAAAGUUUGGCACCGGCCUCACAUUGACUGCUUAGCAGCUGCGGGAGUUGAUCUCAUCGCCUUUGAGACAAUCCCGAGCAUCAAAGAGGCGGAGGCUGUGGUGGAGCUGCUGAGGGAGUUUCCAAACUCGAAAGCCUGGCUGUCGUUCUCCUGUAAGGACGAGAAGCGUAUAUCGGACGGCAGCCUGUUCGCUGACGCCGUGCGGGUCGCUGAGAGAUCCACGCAGCUGCUCGCUGUGGGAGUCAACUGCUGUCCUCCAGACGUGGUGGAGUCGCUGCUGGACUCUGCUGGACCGCUGCACGUCUCAAACACGAGCUGGGUGGUGUACCCUAACAGCGGAGAGGAGUGGGACACUGAGCGGGGGUGGCAAAUAUCAGGAAAACCAUCAGGAUGGACGCCUGAUCUGAGCCACAUGUGGGUGAAGCAGGGCGCUGCUCUGAUAGGGGGAUGCUGUCGUAUCGGCCCUGCUCACAUAGCAGAGCUAAGACAGCAGUUAAAGGGGCGUUGAACCUCCAGCCUCUGCAGAGAGGCCUCAAAACUUGGCUGCCUACAAGAACAGGACAAGCCGAAGGAGGCAGAAACCUGUCACUGCUGACUUUCUGCAAAUUAUAAUGAAAUCUGUGAUUGAUGACAUGAUGCUGGUGCUCACACUCUGGCUGAGCGGGCCUUCUUGUUUAUGCAGAGCUUAUGUUCACUAUAAGAGCGUGAGGAGACUCAGAGGAGAGAGAAUAAAUUAUCAUUUCUGAUUCAGUUGUGUUGUGACUAAGUUGCUUAAAAAUGCCAGUGAGUAAGUUAAAAUUAGUGGCUCCCAUCCAACACCAGCUCAGAAUCAGCUGUUUUGUUUUAUAAAAUAAGCUUUCCUAGUUGCAAACAUGCAGGUGGGUCCAAAUCUGAUUCACAAAUUUCUGUGCGUUUGCGUGGGUUCUCUCCGGGUACUCAGCCUUCCUCCCACAGUCCCACA